AUGCCUAGGUUUAAGGUGAACCGAAUUUGUCAACAAAAAGGUAGGGCGCCUGAGGCCUCCACGAACAGAGCAAGCCCUGUGUCGGGGACUAUUGGCUUUCUGCGUAAACCUCUUUCUCUCUCCUUUACUUUCUUAUCGCUCGACUCCAGACCACCAGGUUCUGGUCCAUUAAAGGACCUCAACAGAGUGAAGCCAGACUUCCCGUCCUGCCAGCCUCACCCCUUCGGCAUCCGGUACGGCAGCCAGUACGAGCAACAGCAGGGUGGUUACCCUCCUGGCUACAGCUCUGGCCGCGGGGCAGGUGGAAAUGGACCCAACCUUUAUUCUGCAUAUGAGACCUCUGGACACCCCGCUGAGACUUCGCUUCUGCCCAAGGAAGCCACAUCUCUAGCUGAAAACCAAGAUGAAGAUUCACUAGAAGAUCCAAAUCUCCACUUGAAUAUUGAGGAACUCAACAAAGAGUUUAUGGUGAAAAGUGAAGAGCUCUACCAGUCUCUCAUGAAUUGCCACUGGCAGCCUCUUGAUACUGUGCACUCAGAAAUCCCAGACAAGAACCCCCAAGAGCAAGAUGCUCAUUAAGCUCCCCAACUAUCAUAUUCAUUGUGUCUUGUUUUGUUUUUGUUUAAAAAAAAGUUCUCGCAGGAUGGCACUGGAUUGUGUAUAUACAUACAGAUUCUUGAGAGACUGUAAGGUAAAUAAACUUGAGCAGCACGUUCA